CGCGCCUCACUGGCGGCCUCGGCGGCGGCGGCGGCGGUGGCAGCGGCGGCGGCGGCGGCGGAGGCUCCGGGACCCGCCGCGAAUCCGGCCCCCGCUGCGGGACCCGGCCACGUCCGGACGAGCCCCGCCUGGGCCGACGCGUGCAGAGGAUGGAAGCACUCCCCCGGCAAUGUCUCUGGGCCGCCUCCUUCGCCGGGCCUCCUCCAAAGCCUCGGACCUCCUGACCCUCACCCCGGGCGGCGGUGGCGGGCCCCUCUCCGUCCUGGAUGGGGAGAUCAUCUACUCCAAGAACAAUGUGUGCGUGCACCCGCCCGAGGGACUGCAGGGGCUCGGAGGGCACCACCCAGGAUACCUGUGCCUGUACGUGGAGAAGGACGAGCUGCUGGGCAGCACCGUCAUCCUCGCGUGGGUCCCCAACUCUCGCAUCCAGAGGCAGGACGAGGAGGCGCUGCGCUACAUCACCCCCGAGAGCUCGCCCGUGCGCAAGGCACCCCGCCCACGGGCCCGGCGCGCCCAGAGCCUGGGGACCCCCCACCAGCCCUCCCCUACGGAGCCCAGGCCUGCCCUGACCCCCAGAGAUGAGGACGCCCUGGUGGUGGCACAGGGCAACCCAGACGCCGGGCUCGUCAGCCCCUCCCCUCCUUCCGAGGACGGGGAGAAGCUGGCCCGGGGCUUGGGGGUGGCCCCCCCGCCGGCCCACAGCGACUCCGGGAUCCUGUCGGCCGUCAGUUCGCAGGACGGGGCGGAGGAGGGGCGGGAGCCACGGCCCGAGGCCAGCGAGGAGGAGGGCUCCCUGGAGCUGUCGGCCGAGGGCGUGAGCAGGGACAGCUCCUUCGACUCCGACUCCGACGCCUUCUCCUCGCCGUUCUGCCUCUCGCCCAUCAGCGCCGCCCUGGUGGACAGCGGCAGCUCCGUGUUCCUGGACAGCGAGAGCGGCUCCCCCUCUAGUGCCGACGCCCAGCUGCGGUUCCCGGACGGCCCCGGCCUCCUGCAGACCCCUCGCUGGGACGAGCCCCAGAGGGCCUGCGCCCUGGAGCAGAUCUGCGGUGUGUUCCGCGUGGACCUGGGGCAGAUGCGCUCCCUCCGCCUCUUCUUCAGCGAUGAGGCCUGCACCAGCGGCCAGCUGGUGGUCGCCAGCCGCGAGAGCCAGUACAAGGUUUUCCACUUCCACCACGGCGGCCUGGACAAGCUGUCCGACGUGUUUCAGCGCUGGAAGUACUGCGCGGAGACGCAGCUCAAGGACCAGCAGGUCGCCGACGAAAAGACGUGCAUGCAGUUCUCCAUCCGCCGCCCCAAACUGCCGUCCUCGGAGACGCACCCCGAGGAGAGCAUGUACAAGCGGCUGGACGUGGCGGCCUGGCUGCGGCACCUGAAUGAGCUGGGCCAGGUGGAGGAGGGGUACAAACUGCGCAAGGCCAUUUUCUUCGGAGGCAUUGAUGUGUCAAUCCGGGGGGAGGUCUGGCCUUUCCUGCUGCGAUAUUACAACCACGAGUCCACCUCGCAGGAGAGGGAGGCACUGCGGGCGCAGAAGCGUCGGGAGUACGCUGAGAUCCAGCAGAAGAGGCUCUCCAUGACCCCGGAAGAGCACAGAGCCUUCUGGCGCGACGUGCAGUUCACCGUGGACAAGGACGUGGUGCGGACGGAUCGCAGCAACCAGUUCUUCCGCGGCGAAGACAACCCGAACGUGGAGAGCAUGAGGAGGAUCCUGCUGAACUACGCCGUGUAUAACCCGGCCAUCGGCUACUUCCAGGGCAUGUCAGACCUGGUGGCGCCCAUCCUGGCCGAGGUCCUGGACGAAUCGGACACCUUCUGGUGCUUUGUGGGUCUGAUGCAGAACACAAUCUUCAUCAGCAGCCCUCGGGACAAGGACAUGGAGAAGCAGCUGCUCUACCUGCGGGAGCUGCUGCGGCUGACACACGUGCGCUUCUACCAGCACCUGGUGUCGCUGGGCGAGGACGGCCUGCAGAUGCUCUUCUGCCACCGCUGGUUGCUGCUGUGCUUCAAGCGCGAGUUCCCCGAGGCCGAGGCGCUGCGGAUCUGGGAGGCCUGCUGGGCCCACUACCAGACCGAUUACUUCCACCUUUUCAUCUGCGUGGCCAUCGUGGCCAUCUACGGGGAUGACGUCAUUGAGCAGCAGCUGGCCACCGACCAGAUGCUCCUGCACUUCGGAAACCUGGCCAUGCACAUGAACGGGGAGCUGGUUCUCCGGAAGGCGCGGAGCCUGCUGUACCAGUUCCGCCUCCUGCCCCGCAUUCCCUGCAGCCUGCACGACCUGUGUAAGCUGUGCGGGACCGGCAUGUGGGACAGCGGCUACAUGCCGGCCGUGGAGUGCACGGGCCACCACCCGGACUCGGAGAGCUGUCCCUACGGGGGCACCGUGGAGACGCCCUCGCCCAAGCCCGCCAGAGAAGGCAAGAAGGGCCGGAAGACGCCGCGGGAAGGCUUCGGUUUCCGCAGAUAGGCGGGGCUCCCCGCGCUGGACCAAGGCAGCGCAGCCAGGCGGUGUGAAAGGAGCCGGGGGCCUGCUCACCCAGCAGCACAGGAAGGCAGAGCCGAAGGGGGUCCGUCCAGCCCAGGGACAUCUUUGUGAGCUGAACAUGCCCCCUCAUCAGGGCCCAUUUCCUGAGCGGGCCAGUCUCAGCUUUGCACAGCUUCAAAGCUAAUACAAAGAUGUCUGGAAAAAGAAAAAAAGAAGAAACCCGGUGAUUUCAGAACAAACAAGUGUAGGAGCAGCCUGAGGGUCCGAGAAGCUGGGGGCUCUUCAGUGGCUGAUUACGCACUUUAUCCUCCUGGGAUGUGAAGCAGUCUGCCUGCCGCUGAGCCCGAGACGUGGGCUGCUGGGGGUGGUCGGGCCCUCUCCCACGCUGGGGGCGCAUGUUCUCCACGAGGGUCUCAGACGUCAAGAUCAGCCUCACCGAACACGGCAGCCAGCUGGGGGCCGCAUGGGCUGGGCCCUGGGCGUGCAGGCGAAAUCCCCACCUUCUGGGGGAGGCUGAGCCCCCAGGACGAGGCAUCCGAGAGGCCUGGAAGGACCUUUGCUUCCCUGCAGGGCCUGCUUGGUGUGACCGUGGGCCUUCGCAGGUGGCUGGGCGCAGUGGCGGCCCCGUCAUGUAGCGGGCACUCAGGACUCCGCUCCCACCUCCGGAAGAUUUCUGUCGGUUGCUCCUUCUGGGAUUUAGUGACAAUGGACAGAGGAAGGCGUGGGAGCCCCCAGCCGGCUGGAAAGCAUCCAGCUGUCUGCACAGAAAGCGAUUCUUGAGCUGGUGGGCUCAUGGAGGCUCGAAUCCUUCUCCAGUUCUCCCGCACACCCGGGAAGUGCCGAGAGUCCUGGUGGAGACCCCGCCCUACCGAGGCUUCUUUCCGCUCUUCUCCCCGGAGAGCCAGCCACACUGCUGGUGCCACGUUCAAAAGAUGUUUUUCGAUGGGAGAGAGGAAGUUACCCGCCACCUUCUUCGAAGCUUGUCUGUUUCCAUGAGCUCAAGUCCUCCAGCAUCUCCGAGUUGCCAGAGCCUUCUGGGGAGAGCCCUCUGGAGCCCCCUCAGUCCCCGGGUCCUGGGGGGCUGGCCGUUUCAGCCCUGCAGCAGGGUCCAGGCUGGGUGAGGUGGACUUCUCACCUGCUCUACGUCUGGGAAAGGGGGUUGGAUGCCUUUCUGUGCCGGCCCCCAGUCUGCUGUGGAAAAGAUGCUGUACCGAUCCGGCACUAGAAACCAUCUCGCCGUGAGGAGGAGCAUCGGCUAGCCACCCCUGCAACCGUGCCGCGUAGUGAAGAGCCCACAGACCCAUCUCCCACUCCAUGUAGGGUCAGCGGUUUAGACUGGGCACCUCUGGUCUUGGCUGGCUGUGUGCCCAUGUUUGGCUCAGAGGGGCUGCUCCUGUGUGUAGAGACCAGACCUGGCGCUGUCUGUUGCCCCACCCCGCCCCCGCAAGCUGACCUUGGUCAAGACGAAAGUGCAGAAGCAGGAAUGCACAGGUGCCUUCCCAAGCCUCAGGGGAGGCCACCCUCGCUGACAUCCCAUUGCUAAAGCAAGUCCCAUGUCUGGACUCAGCAUCCAGAGCUGGGGAGUAGACCUUCCCUUUAGCAAGAGGAGCUGAAUGGUGAUGGCAGGGGGCUAGGAAGUCCGAGGGGGAGGAACUGGGCUGUGGGUAUGUGUGCCAUCCCCUCCAGGAGGUUUUGUUCCAAAUAGCCCUGUCUGGGAACUCUCCUGUCAGGGGGCAGGACUUCCCUUUGAAAGGCAGGAGAUGCCGAGGGGAAAAGGAUGCUUCUCAGCUCACCCCAUCUAGGAGGCAGCAGCCGCGCAUUUUACUGAGACACCUUGUGCCUUCGGGCUGCUGUGGAUUUGUUGGCGGGGGGGCAGGGGGCGGCAGGUGUCCAGGGAUCCUUUCCCUUUGGAGGGUCCUGAGUACAAGGCAUUCAUGCUGAGUUCCGGCUCCCACAGCUCCCCGAGACAACAUGCCAAGUGCCACACCCCCCCCACUGCUCCCGACGCACGCCCCUGUGCUGAGCCGGGCCCCCAGGAGAUCUGUGCCUCUAGAACAGCUGAAAUCUCAGGAACCAAAGCCCUGGGAGUGUGGGCGCUUGGAGGAAAGGCUGCUCUGGAGGGCUGGGGAAGGCCCGCCUUGCAGGGCUCCCUUAAUCUGGGUGCAUUUAGAGGAAGCCAGCCAAAACCCCUGCAGCCCCAGGAUUCUUCCCAGUGGGCAGAAAGCAUUAGGGUGAUAAUUCCGUCAUUAGACUUCUAGCCUCCCCACCUCCCAAACGUGCAAAUAUGGGAUAAUCAGCCCGGCACGGCCAUUGUCGGUGAUGCUGCUUAUUUAACCCAUUUUUUUAAAUGACACUUAAUGUUAUUGGCUGGUGUGCGUGCGCACGCAUACUUAAUUUCCCUCCCGCUAAUGUCUGUGCUGACGUUCCAGGAUGUUGCCGGGGCCCCUGGGAAGAGAGGGAGCCUUUGAUACGCUCCUGCUAGUGUAGACGGGGCCGCAUGGCAGGGGCUCGCCGGCCCAGAGAGGGUUCCCGUUCCCAGAGAGAAAGGGACGGCGGGAAGGUGCUGGGAAGGGUGGGGGCCGCGCAGGCUGGCAGGGUUGCGUGUUGUUAGGUGCAGAGAACAGUGUUCUUAUUCCAGAAGGCUCCAACUCAAGUCCCAGCCAGGAAGAUUUGGAACCCACAAGUUGUGGGAUUUCUUGUCCCUGAGCCCAUCAGUGGGGAGUGGAUGGGGUUGGGGGGGGCCCCUCUGCACAGAGGACGGUCUACGGUCCAGCAGAGGUGGCCCGGCUCCUUGGGGGCCUCCAUCUGCGUGCCAUGAGUAGGUGUGUUGUUCUGAUCGGCUGCGUGUCCAGCAACACGGAGGUUUUCAAAUCCCAGACCUGAAGCACGUGUCCUUUGAGUUAUUCCAUAAGAGGCUAACCUGAAGCCCCGUCCGGGGAGGGCAGCCGGACAGGACAAAGCUUCUGGUCCUAAGACGGUGGCUUCUCCCAGGCUAGGUGGUGGGGGCUGGCAGAGGUCAGCCACACUGAUCUUUGACAGGUGGCCGUCCAGAAAUGGGGCAAAGACUGGGGGCCAUCGUGGUGGGGGUGGUGCUCUGUGGCUUCCCCCUUGGUUUUUGGGAGGCCCCUCCAAGCUCUCGUGGCCAUUCCUUGUUUGGUAGACAUGACCCAGAGCAUGGCAGGUUCAGGACGACGGGAAUGUGCUCACAGCGGAGCCUGGCGGAAGCCUCAGUCAUCCAUCUGGCCUCCCCUCCCCCGCAGGGAGGCUGGCGGGUGUCAGGAACACCAGGGUUCACGCGGCAAAGAGAAGGAAGCCUCUCCCGGUUUGCCCAGCAGAGGCCCCGGUGGCCACCCCGUAGGGAGGAAGGAAGAGGCGUUCCCCCAGGAAGACCCACACACGUGCAGGGGUGUGGAAUGGGCCAGAGGAGGUGGCCUGAGGCUGGGCAUGCCACAUCCCCAGAGACUCUAGGGAACCAGACCCAGGAUCCCCUGAGGCCGGUGUUUCUAAGCCACACGGCAAGGCUGUCCCUUGGAGUGAAAACAUUCUGUCCCUGGAUGUUCCUGGCUCAAAGGGAACGGCCCCAAAAUAAACAGCUCAUGUCCUCCCAAGUUAUGAAGGCUGAGGCCUGGGCUCCCUCUAGGGGGUAAGUGGGGUCGAGCCUCAGUUUCCCCAUCUGUAGAAUGAGAAGGUUGACACCCGCCGCUCAGGGAAGAGUCCACUGACCUUGGCCUUCAGCAGCCUUGCCCGAGAGCCGCAACGUGCCCCCUGGCUCCAGAGCUCUCCCUGCUUUGGGAGUCAGCAAACCCAUUCCCUCUCACGCCCACCUUGCUGCGUACCCGGCCAACGGGAAUCUCUCUGUGCCUCUUCUGUAACAUUCACCCCACGCUCUCCACUCCUGCCACCACGAAAAGUCAACCAUGAACCAUAACCUCAGCACCCCUGCAAGGCGUCUGCGUAGGCGUGCAAGGCUCUUCCGCGGGAAUGUAGUCCGUGCAGGCAAGGUCUGACCCUUCUGCAGAAACCCCCUGAGCGGGGACUCUGGCCUCCUGGGUCAGUACUGUUGGACCCCGGGAGGGGCCUCCCUCAGCCUUCAGGGAGCAGGGCAGGGGUGCACGCGACCUGCGGGCAUCUGGCCCUUUAAAUAUGUGGCAUUGAAUUUCUAGGUGGGGCGGGCGCCGGCAGAACCCAGGGCCCUCCUCUCUCCAGCGGCUCUGCUCGGAGGGCAGGGCUCUGCCUUGAUCAGGUCCACCUUGAUUAACAGAUUACUCUUGUCCAUGGCAAGCAAUUCUUUGUGUUUUGUUUUGUUUCGUUUGUGAGUACAAUCACCUGUUGGGCCCCCAGCCCAGGACUGGUCACCACCACCGCAGCCACGCUUCUGCCUCCCGUGGAUUCCCCUGAAAAGUAAAUAAAACCACACUGACAACAGA